UUUCGGCAACUCAUUUAUGAGACGUCAUGAUUAAGCAGUUUCACUUUUUAUUUUCAUUUCAGCAGCAACAUCUUUAGAAACAGGACGGGACGGGAAAUGAAACGAGAAAUUUGAUUUUCUUUCGUUUAUGUAGACUGUUGUAUAUGAAAUUAUUCCAAUUCAAUGAAAUUUUAAUAUUUCAUUUGUAAUUAAUACGUUACUGAAAAUUUUGAUUCUAAUUUGUAUUGACAAAGGAUUUCGUCAGUCUAAAUCUUUGUUACCAGAUAUCGCAAGUUAAAAAGAAAUUUUAAAACACCAAGCGUUAUUUGAGAAAUCACAAUUUUUUAAUUGGAAAAUGUCUGGGAAAAAUCCUGAAGAAUUGGCUACUGCCAUUUUGAAAACUAAAUCAAAGCCUAACAGAUUGUUAGUUGAAGAAGCUGUUAACGAUGAUAAUUCAGUGGUUGAUUUGUCACAGACUAAAAUGAAUGAGCUUCAGCUAUUCAGAGGGGAUACAAUUCUUUUGAAAGGAAAAAAGAGAAGAGAAACAGUUUGCAUUGUUUUGUCUAGUGAUACAGUUCCCAAUGAGAAAAUACGCAUGAACAGAUGUGUCCGAAAUAAUCUUAGAGUGAGACUUGGAGAUGUAGUUAAUAUUCAGCCAUGCCCAGAUGUGAAAUAUGGGAAAAGAGUUCAUGUAUUACCUAUUGAUGACACUGUUGAAGGAUUGACUGGGAGUUUGUUCGAUGUCUACUUAAAACCUUAUUUCCUGGAGGCAUACAGGCCCAUUCAUAAAGGUGAUCUCUUCAUUGUAAGAGGUGGGAUGAGAGCUGUUGAAUUUAAAGUGGUUGAAACUGAUCCUAGUCCUUAUUGCAUUGUUGCUCCUGAUACUGUCAUCCAUUGUGAGGGGGAUCCCAUUAAAAGAGAAGAGGAAGAAGAAACAUUAAAUGCAGUUGGUUAUGAUGAUGUUGGAGGAUGUAGAAAGCAGUUGGCUCAAAUUAAAGAGAUGGUUGAACUUCCUCUUCGUCAUCCCAGCCUUUUUAGUGCUAUUGGAGUAAAGCCUCCCAGAGGUAUUCUACUGUAUGGCCCCCCUGGAACUGGGAAAACUCUUAUUGCUAGAGCUGUAGCUAAUGAAACUGGUGCCUUUUUCUUCCUGAUAAACGGACCUGAAAUUAUGAGUAAGCUGGCUGGUGAAUCUGAAAGCAAUUUGAGAAAGGCUUUUGAAGAAGCUGAAAAAAAUGCUCCUGCGAUAAUUUUCAUUGAUGAACUUGAUGCUAUUGCACCUAAAAGAGAAAAGACGCAUGGUGAAGUUGAAAGACGUAUUGUAUCACAAUUAUUAACCUUGAUGGAUGGUCUCAAACAAAGAUCUCAUGUGAUUGUAAUGGCCGCUACCAACAGACCUAACAGCAUUGAUGCUGCUUUGAGACGUUUUGGACGUUUUGAUCGUGAGGUAGAUAUUGGCAUUCCUGAUGCCACUGGUCGAUUAGAAAUCCUGCGUAUUCACACUAAAAACAUGAAAUUAGCUGAGGAUGUUGAUCUUGAGAAGAUUGCUGCUGAAACUCAUGGUUUUGUUGGUUCAGAUUUAGCCGCUCUCUGUUCAGAAGCUGCACUGCAACAAAUUCGUGAGAAAAUGGAUCUUAUUGAUCUGGAAGAUGAACAAAUAGAUGCCGAAGUUCUCAAUUCAUUAGCUGUUACCAUGGACAACUUUAGAUGGGCGAUGGGCAAGAGCAGUCCAAGUGCUCUGCGUGAGACAGUUGUGGAAGUGCCCAGUGUCACUUGGGAAGACAUUGGUGGUUUGGAACCUGUAAAGAAAGAACUUCAAGAAAUGAUUCAGUAUCCAGUGGAGUAUCCUGACAAGUUCUUAAAAUUUGGAAUGACUCCAUCUCGAGGUGUGUUGUUUUAUGGUCCCCCUGGCUGUGGUAAAACUCUUUUAGCCAAAGCUAUUGCUAAUGAAUGCCAAGCAAACUUCAUUUCCAUUAAGGGUCCAGAGUUGUUAACCAUGUGGUUUGGAGAAUCAGAAGCUAAUGUCAGAGACAUCUUCGAUAAGGCUCGUGCUGCUGCACCUUGUGUUUUGUUCUUUGAUGAAUUAGAUUCCAUCGCAAAAGCAAGAGGUGGAAAUGUUGGUGAUGCAGGUGGAGCUGCUGACAGAGUAAUUAACCAAAUAUUGACUGAAAUGGAUGGUAUGAGUAGUAAAAAGAAUGUUUUCAUCAUUGGUGCUACAAACAGGCCCGACAUUAUUGAUCCAGCCAUCCUGAGACCUGGUCGAUUAGAUCAGCUUAUUUACAUUCCUCUUCCUGAUGAAAAAUCUAGAGAGAGUAUAUUAAAAGCCAAUUUAAGAAAAUCUCCUAUUGCAAAGGCUGUUGAACUCCCUUACAUAGCAAAAGUUACUCAAGGUUUCAGUGGUGCUGACUUGACUGAAGUAUGUCAAAGAGCUUGCAAAUUGGCUAUCAGAGAAUCCAUUGAAAUUGAAAUUAAGAAAGAAAAGGAACGUCCUGAAAAUGCUGGAGCUAUGGAAACUGAUGAUUUUGAUCCUGUGCCUGAAAUUAGAAAAGAUCACUUUGAAGAGGCUAUGAAAUUUGCCCGAAAAUCAGUUAGCGAUAAUGACAUUAGAAAGUAUGAAAUGUUUGCUCAGACACUACAACAAAGCAGAGGUUUUGGAACUAAUUUUAGGUUUCCUUCAUCUCAACCAUCCGCUGGCGGAAGUAACAAUCCUCCUCCUGCAUUCCAAGAAGAUGGGGAUGAUGAUUUGUACAGUUAAAAAGAACCUUCAGGUUUCUUAGCUACGCGUGAUGAUAUUCAAAAUUAUCUUAUCAUUAAUGAAGAGGCACUUUCUACUGCUGAACAUCACUUCUCUCAUAUUUCCUUUUUUUGUCAUGGAAGAACAUUAUUUUAUCUAUAUAGCAGAGGUACAUUUUUUAUUGUAUUUAAUUUAACUUGUUCAUUAUUGAGGUUACCAAAAUUAUUGAAAGGACUGUCGUAUUUGUCCCUAGGACAUGAAAUGGACUUUUGUAAGCUCUGCCCCUUUUUGAUUAUGUUGUGUCUUCGUGGCUUCUAAUAUUGUACGAAAUAAAGUUGUUUUCUAAUA